AAGAGCUGGUGGACUUUAGCCCACCACGCUUGGAGAGUAAACAGUAAACCUGUGGGACGUUCCCUGACCAGAUUUGACCAGAUCUCAGGGAAAGUUGGGUUGGGUUGAAGCGAAUUCAUCUCCAGAACAACGAGAAGCUGUGAAACUUUAUCGUUUUACUGCUCCCCUCCUUCUUCUGCGUCUUCCAGAGGAGAUACUCCACAGGAACCUGAAGUUAAGCAUUAACUACGCUGAGAUUAACCAGCGCUGAUCCCUCGUGAAGCGUCCAGAAGAGCUCGUCCGGAGCAGAGCGACGGUUGAGCGACGGUUGGGUUGAGUCGAGUCGAGUUGAGACGGGAUUUUCUCUGGGAUUCACAUUUUUGCUCUAAAGUCGGGAAAAGAAGCAUCACCUCCAUUCAUGCUGGUCGAUAAUCACUCGUCGCUAAUCGCUGAAUGCUAAUCGCUAAUCAAAGGCAAGAAAAAAAGCAGAAGGAACCAUGUCCGCCACCCUGGACGACUACUGUGGCUCCAUAUUUUGGAAUGCCUCUCUGCUGAACCGGACUGAUCCGGAUCUGACGGUGUGUGUGGAGAGGACGGUUCUGGUCUGGGUGCCGCUGGGGUUCCUGUGGCUCUGUGCCCCCUGGCACCUGGCAACCCUCUUCAAGAAGAAGCCCCCCGGGGGUCCGUUCUCCACCCUCUACACCUGCAAACAGGCCCUGGGGGGGCUGCUGCUGCUGACGGCCGUGGCGGCGCUCGCUCUGACUCUGGCUGAAGAUUACGGAGCAGCGAGUGACUCAUCCUCUCCUAAAAGCCCUGCGGUGCUCUACGCUAAUCCUGUGCUCUUCAUCGUCUCCUGGCUGCUGGUGAUGUUGGUGCAUGAAGCUGUGAGACGGAGGGAGAAAGCUGUAGAUUCUGGAAGUCUCUUCCUCUUCUGGCUGCUGCAGAUCAUCUGUGAGAUCUUCCCCUUCCAGACCCUCCUGAGAGACGCUCUGAACUCGGGGACAGUGGAAGAUCUUCCGAGGUUCUGUCUCUUCUACAUCUCCUACGGGCUUCAGCUCAUCUCUCUGGUUUUAUCGGCCAUCGCUGAUGUUCCAGCUCACCGCAAGGAGGUCGCCAAGAAGAAUCCAGAAGCUGGAGCUGCGUUUCUCAGCAGGGUCACGUUCAACUGGUUUAACUGGAUGGUGAUUAACGGCUACCGGCGUCCUCUGGUUCAGGAGGACAUGUGGGAGCUGAGUGAGAAGGACAGUACGAACUUCAUCAGUCGGGAGUUUGAGGAGAUGAUGAAGCAGGAGCUGAGGAAAGCUCACAGCCGACUGCAGAAGAAGAAGAUGAAGAUGAAGAUGAAGAAGAUCUCCAGACCUGAACAUCAACAGAACGGCCUGAACAAGGGGAUCAGUCAGGAUGUUCUGGUUCUGGAGGAGACGGGAGAACAGAAGAAGAAGAAGAAGAAAGAGAAGAAGGAGAAGAAGAGCAGCUCUCUGUAUCCAGACUCCUGGUUGGUUCCCACUAUUCUGAAGUCUUUUAAAGGGAUGCUCUGGGAAUCGGCCCUCUUUAAACUCCUGCAGGACCUGCUGGCGUUCGCGAGCCCACAGCUCCUCAAGGUGAUGAUCUCAUUCGCUCAGAAUAAAGAUAUUCACACCUGGCAGGGUUACCUGUACGCAGUGCUGCUGCUGGUGGUGGCCAUUCUGCAGUCCAUCUUCCUGCAGCAGUAUUUCCAGCGCUGCUUCGUUCUGGGGAUGAAAGUCCGAACCGCCAUCAUGGCGGCCGUUUAUAAGAAGGCUCUGGUCGUCUCCAACGACGCUCGUAAAGAGUCCACCGUGGGAGAGACGGUGAACCUGAUGUCGGCCGACGCCCAGCGCUUCAACGACGUCACCAACUUCAUCCACCUGCUGUGGUCCUGCCCCCUGCAGAUCAUCCUCUCCAUAGUGUUCCUCUGGAUGGAGCUCGGGCCCUCGGUACUGGCCGGUCUGCUGGUCAUGGUGCUGAUGGUUCCCAUCAACGGGCUGCUGGCCACCAAGUCCAAAACCUACCAGAUGGAAAACAUGAAGCUGAAGGACAAACGCAUGAAAAUCAUGAAUGAGAUCCUGAACGGCAUCAAGAUCCUGAAGCUGUACGCCUGGGAGCCGUCGUUCGAGGCUCAGGUUCAGGAUAUCAGAGAGCAGGAGCUGAAGGUGAUGAGGAAGUUCGCCUACCUGUCCUCCGUCUCCACCUUCAUCUUCUCCUGCGCUCCGGCUCUGGUCUCCUUGGCGACCUUCGCCGUUUUCGUGUCCGUCAGUCCGGAUAACAUCCUAGACGCAGAGAAAGCUUUUACCUCCAUCUCUCUCUUCAACAUCCUGCGCUUCCCUCUCGCCAUGCUGCCCAUGCUCAUCUCCUCCAUGGUGCAGACAGUGGUGUCCAGGAAACGCUUAGAGAAGUUCCUCGGUGGGGAAGACCUGGACACCAACGCCGUGCAGAACGACAGCAGCUACAAAGCGGCCGUGACCCUGAGGAACGGGACCUUCGCCUGGGGGAGCGACGCCGAUCCGGUCCUGAGAAACGUAAAUCUGGAGAUCAGCCCGGGUCAUCUGGUGGCGGUGGUGGGGGCGGUGGGGUCAGGGAAGUCCUCGCUCAUCUCGGCUAUGCUGGGGGAAAUGCACAACCUCUCCGGUUCCAUCAAUAUCAAGGGAGACGUGGCGUACGUUCCUCAGCAGGCCUGGAUUCAGAAUGCCACUCUGAAGGACAACAUCCUGUUCGGUUCUGAUCCGGACGAGCGGAGGUUCAACAGGGUGGUGGAGGCCUGUGCCCUGAAGCCGGACCUGGAGCUGCUUCCUGGAGGAGUUCAGACUGAAAUUGGAGAGAAAGGUAUUAAUCUGAGUGGGGGUCAGAAGCAGAGGGUGAGUUUGGCGCGAGCAGCGUUCAGUUCUGCAGAUAUUUACCUGCUGGACGACCCGCUGUCUGCUGUUGAUUCUCAUGUGGGGAAACACCUGUUUGAGAAGGUGAUCGGACCCAGAGGUCUCCUGAAGGACAAGACUCGUAUUCUGGUGACUCACGGGAUCAGCUUCCUGCCGUAUGUAGAUGAGAUCGUGGUGUUGGUGGACGGCGUGGUGUCGGAGGUGGGCUCCUACAGCAGUCUGAGGGCCAGUAAGGGGGCGUUCUCCGAGUUCCUGGAUACUUAUGCUAAAGAGGAGAGUAACCGCUCUGAUUCCAGGAAGGACUCGGGUUCAGACGCUGAUCAGGUGGAGGCGGUUCCGGAGGUUCUGGACCCUCAGGCCGACAGCCCCCCGGAGGACGUGGUCUCGGUUACGCUAAAGAGAGAGAACAGCCUACGCCACAGCCAGCGCCACGCCCAGCGCAACGGCAGUGUGAAAGUGAGGAGGAACAGCUCCUCCAGAAGCAGGAAGGAAUCGGACGAGGCGAAGAAAGGCCAGAGACUGAUUGAGAAGGAGGCCAUGGAGACUGGAAAGGUGAAGUUCUCGGUGUACCUGCAGUACCUGAGGGCUAUGGGUUGGGUUUACGCCACCUCGUUCGUCGUGGUUUACUUCAUCCAGAAUGUGGCUUUCAUUGGUCAGAACCUGUGGCUCAGCGAUUGGACGAACGACGCUGUUGAAUAUCCCAAUGGAAGCACCUACCCCGCCCACAUUAGAGAUAUGAGAAUUGGUGUUUUUGGAGCUCUUGGAGUUGCACAAGGUUUCCUGGUGUUUGUAGGAACUCUGCUGCUGGCUGAUGGAGCUAUCCACGCCUCCAGAACCCUCCACUCUCGCCUGCUGUCCAACAUCCUGCGGGUUCCCAUGCUGUUCUUCGACACCACGCCGUCCGGAAGAGUCGUCAACCGAUUCGCCAAGGAUAUGUUUACUGUGGACGAGAUGAUCCCCAUGUCCUUCCGCUCGUGGGUUCUGUGUCUGCUGGGGGUUCUGGGGACGCUGUUCGUCAUCUGCCUGGCCACGCCCAUCUUUACCGCCAUCAUCGUGCCGCUCGCCGUGGUCUACUACUUUGUUCAGAGGUUUUACGUGGCCACAUCCAGACAGCUGAGGCGUCUGGACUCGGUGUCUCGCUCGCCCAUCUACUCUCACUUCGGCGAGACGGUCUCGGGUCUGUCGGUUAUUCGCGCCUACGGACAUCAGGAGCGCUUCCUGCAGCGCAACAGAACCACCAUCGACGAGAACCUGAAGAGCGUCUACCCCUGGAUCGUCUCCAACAGGUGGCUGGCCAUCCGGUUGGAGUUUCUGGGUAAUCUGGUGGUGUUUUUCUCAGCGCUGUUCGCCGUAAUAUCUCGAGAUAGCUUGGACAGCGGCCUGGUUGGACUCUCCAUCUCCUACGCUUUAAACGUGACUCAGACUCUGAACUGGUUGGUGAGGAUGACCUCAGAGCUGGAGACCAACAUCGUGGCGGUGGAGAGAGUCAGUGAGUACACCGAGAUCCAGAACGAGGCUGAUUGGAUAACGAGCAGGCGUCCUCCUGCUGAUUGGCCGUCUGAAGGGAAGGUGCGGUUUGAGGACUAUAAGGUCCGGUAUCGUCCGGAGCUGGAUCUGGUUCUGCACGGGGUGACGUGUGAUAUCGACAGUACGGAGAAGAUUGGAAUUGUGGGUAGAACUGGAGCAGGAAAGUCCAGCCUGACCAACUGUCUGUUCCGGAUUAUUGAAGCAGCCGAUGGACGAAUCCUGAUAGACGGGGAGAACAUCGCCAGCAUGGGUCUCCACGACCUCAGGAGCAGACUCACCAUCAUUCCACAGGAUCCAGUGCUGUUCUCAGGAUCUCUGCGGAUGAAUCUGGACCCGUUUGAGAGGUUCAGUGAUGAGGACAUCUGGAGGGUUCUGGAGUUAGCUCAUCUGAAGGAGUAUGUCGGGACUCUUCCUGCAGGACUUCAGCACGAGGUUUCGGAGGGAGGAGAAAAUCUCAGUGUUGGUCAGAGGCAGCUCCUGUGUUUGGCUCGGGCUCUUCUCCGUAAAUCUAAGAUCCUGAUUCUGGACGAGGCCACGGCCGCCGUGGAUCUGGAGACGGACGACCUGAUCCAGACCACCAUCCGCCGAGAGUUCUCCCACUGCACCGUGCUCACCAUCGCCCACCGCAUCAACACCAUCCUGGAUAGCUCACGGGUGAUGGUAUUGGACGCUGGGAAGAUCGUGGAAUUUGAUUCGCCGAGCGCUCUGCUGGAGAGGAAGGGACACUUUUUCGCUCUGGCUAAAGAGGCCGGAGUCACGUCUAUACAGUACACAGCUCUGUGAGAUCUGCUGAAGAUCUGAGGAACCACCAGUUUCACAGGCCUGAUCUAUGAUGUGGCCACCAGAACCCGGCGAGACCCGAAGCCCAGCUCUGCUGUUCCUGUAUCUACUGAACGUCUGAUAAACGAGUGACUGUAAACCAGAGGAUUCACGCUGCUUCUCCUCACACUGGAUUAUUACCUGCUCUAAUUUAUACUGUUUUAAAGAAAAAUGAGAUUUCUUCAGCAUUUUUUACAUUGUUCUUUAUUUGUUUACGGUGUUUGUUAAUGUAUUAAUAACUCAUUCGAUAGUAAUAAAGUAAUUUCAAUAUUU